AUCAAUUAACUACUUUCUUUUUACUUCCUGAAACACGAUUUCCUUCGGAAAUAUUGACUAGAUCCUUUGACAGAGGACAAUAUACAGAAAAACAAAGAAAUAAUAAGCUCUUAUUUCUUUCUUAUUAGGGAAGGAAAAACAAACGGACGUUUCCUGUACAUUUCCGUUUUGAGCAACGAUAAAUGAACACACAGUAUCAAAUUAACAAACAGUUCGCAGAAUAAUAAAAGCUACCGAUUAAUUAAUUUUUCCAUUCUUUUUUACGAUGGCAGAUAAACCAUGUUAUGAAGACAUCAUCGAGGACACAGUUAAUAGCGGUCUUCAUGCUAUGGUUUUGGCUGUUGGAUACAGGGUGGGCAUUGUUGACGCGAUGCAGCGCCUAAAUGCCCCAAGUACUGCAGUGGAAAUCAGUGAAGAAGCUCAGUUAAAUCUCAGAUAUGUAGAGGAGUGGCUAAUAUGUAUGGCUUCAAAAGGCAUCAUUCAUUAUGAAAAUGGUAGAUACAAAAUGCCAUGUUCAAAAAGAGUACAGAAAGCUGCACAUACAUCUUCUGUUUUGCCCAUGUUUGCCAAUUGCUUUACAAACCUCGAAACUGCGAUGAGGAAUAAAAACUCUAAUACUGGAUACAAAUACCCAGUAUUAGAGUUGGAGUGGCUGGCAAAAUAUAGGAAACUAAGCAAUAUUGAUCAGUCUUGGGUUGAAAGGAACAUAGCACCAGUUAUAUCGAGUUAUCUAAGGAAACAAGAUAUGAUUUCAAGAAUUCCAGCUAUUCUUGACUUUGGCUGCGGUUACGGAAAGCUUGCGGGAGAGCUAGCAACAUAUUACCCCCAGUUUCCUGUUUUUGGUACCGAUAUUGAUGCAGAUGCUAUUGACGGCUGUCUAAAGUCUUUCAAACAUCUCAAGUUUGCUAUCUUUAACGAAGAUAUAAAAAAGGAUUGGCAAGAAAAAUUUGACAUAAUUAUACUGAUGGAUGUUCUACAUGAUCUACCAGAUCCUGUUACCGUUCUUACUCAAGUCAAAAGCAUGCUUAAACCAAACGGUUACAUAGUGACCUUUGACCCUAACAUCUCGUCUGAUAUAUCAAAAACGAUUGGCCAAAAGAUGGCAUUGAAUCAUUUGCCAUACAGUAUGUUUUUCUGUUUGCCAAACAGUUUGUCUGAAAACCCUGCAGCUGGACACGGAAUAAGCUGGGGAAUAGAAGAUAGAGAGCAAUUUUUCAUUGACAAUGGCUUUACAAUCGUGAAUACUGAUGAACAUACCAAGUCAGACGAAGAUUAUUACAGGAUAAUAUUACAAAAAUAGAUGAUCUUCAGAGGCAUGGAUUAUAAUUAUGAUACCAUUAUGAAAAAGAAACAAUAUCAGAAACAACUGUUCAAUAAACAAACAGUCUUAAACACAAUAUAUAAAUCAAAGAACACAAUAAGAAAGCUUAUUAUUAUUUUCUUUGAUUUGCCAUAAUAAAGGGCAAUUUUUGAAAUGCAUUUCUG